CUCUUCUCCUCUUCCACAUCACAAAGACAAUGGAUUCAACCGCAGAAGUUGGCCCGCUGACCUCCACCUACCUCUUCAGCGCGACCGUGAAGCUGGGCAAAGCCCUCACCCCCAUUCCACUCCUAGGGGGCGGCAAACGCAUCGUCGAGCCCAUCAUCGGGGGCACCAUCUACGGUCCCGGAUUUAAUGCUACCAUCGAUGGUGGAGUAGCUGCUCCGAUCGUCGUCAACAAUGACGGUACCACCACUCAGAUCCCCUUCAUCUAUGCGUACGGACAUGCGAGCGAUGGAUCUCCCUUCUAUAUCGAGGAGACGGGAAUCGGUUCCCCUGCGACCCAGAAUACCCGUCUUAUUAUCCAAGUCAGUGGGAAGUAUGAAGGGCUGCAGAAGCUUUACAUCCUUGGGCAGCCGAGUGUGAACGAAGAGAGGACGGUAGGGCAGGUGGAAUGCUGGAGCGUGCCUUUGCCUUAGGGCUUCUAAAUACUAUAUGUCUAAUGACUGGGACUUUUUCUGAAAUUGCGUCCGGAUGUCCGCGAGCAAUGGC